GACCGAAGACCGCUUUUUACGCCGGUUAAGGGAAUCGCAUUCGACUUCGGUCCAGCCGUACCGUUCAAAUCGAGGAAAAGUUUAUAAAACCCGCGGCCACGCACGGCACACUCCUAGUUUCACCCAGGACAUUAGAUCCGACGUUCAAUCUUUCAUAGGAUUCCCAGGUCAUCGAAAUCAUGUUCAGGUUACUGGUAAGUAAAAUCGCAGCUGCGAUCCUCUGAUCGGUGUCUGACUCAUUGUAAUUAUAAUUUAGAUCCUGUGCCUGAUUUGGCUGUCGAGCGUCCGCUCGGAGAUGGCCAACAUGAACAUGAACAUGCACAUGCAUAUGCAAAUGCCGGCGGACGAGAUGGACGAUAAGAUGUCGAUGAAAAGGGAGUCGUACUUCAACCCGUGUCCACCGUCCCACUCGCACUCGAUCUCGUACGCGCCGCCGCCACAGAUUUACGUGAAACCGAUCGAGCCGAUGGUCCACGUGCAGAAACCGAUGAUCACCUACGUGAAGCAGGCCCCGCAGCCGGUCAUCGUGAAGCCGAUCGCUCAGCCGAAGGUCGUUUACCCGGUCUACCAGAAGCCGAUGAUAUCGUACGCGCCGAUAUACCAAAAGCCUGUUUACCACCAGCCUAUAUACCAAAAGCCUGUUUACCCCGAGCCUAUGUACCAAAAGCUCAUGUACCAGCCGCCCAAAGUGAUCCUGAAGAAGGUGGAGGCGCCUCAGAUCACCCAGGUCGUUCAUAAGCCUCAGAUCUCUUAUCCGGUCCACCAGCCGAAGGUGGUCCAGGUAGAGGCGCCGCAGGUGAAUUACGUGAAGCUUCCGCAACCCAUGGUCCACGCCCCGAUUUACCAGUCGCAAAUAAAACCGUGGUGCGCCUAAGAGGCAAUCGGAGACAAAUGAUGGGAUGCAAUCGCGUUGGAAGAACGAGACAGCGAAAGGGCGUACGUGGGA